AGUAAGUCCUUAUACUCCAGGAGCGCGCGGCCUGCACAUCCACCAUCCUGCAAGCGCGCGUGUGGGUGACAACCGCAUUAGAGAGAGUCAGCAGCGAGCUGCAGCAGAGACAGAGAGAGAGAGAGGAGGGGAAGAGAAAGAAAAAAAUCAAGGAAAGUGAGAAUAAAAGAUGUGCGAGAAAAAGCAGUAGAAGAGCUAACGACAGACCCUAGCGCUGAUCACUUGUCCAACUCGCCUCGCCGUCGCGGUGCUUGAUCAGCGCGGCUGUUCCUUCCCCCUCCCUCCGCUGCUCCAGUAUAUUGAACACAGAAAGCUCGGCAGCAGACGACGAGGGAGCGACGACAGCUGGCUUUCCCUGGCCAGCAAUCACUUUUUUUAAUUUUCGCUGCGGCCAUCAGAGAAAAGCAGAAGUGCCUCGCGAGAGAGUUCAGCGUGGAACGCCAUGCACGUGUUCAGUCAAGUCUUGACCUCCUGUCUCCUGCUGGGGUCAGCGCUCAGCAUCCUCGCAGACGACACAGGUGCCGCAGCAGCGCUGCACGUCACGCAGACAGAUAUAGCCUCGCCGCACGGCUAUACGCGCGCUGCCUUCUCGCUUGCAUCUGCUGAGGAUGGGGGUCUGCGGCGACCCGGCGACAGCGACGCCAGCCACCAGGUUCAGAACGCACUCCUGCGAGCCCCAGCGCCCCAGCUCCCCGUUGCCCCUCAAGCCCCUCCACUUCUAGACGCGCAGUCUAGCGAGCUCGCGCAUCCUCCUCCCUCAGCAAUGGCCCAAAGCCUCGCUUACAGACUUUCUUACCCCGCAGACGAGACCCUCAUGACUGGCGACCCUGCGACCAGAGUUGACGCCCCUUUCGAACAGUCUCACUUUAGGGAGUCGAGAAGCGUGGGGUCCCGCCAAACGGUAGAGCAGCCUCUGAGCAUGCGCGCUAGCGGCUUCGCUGAUGACACUUUGAGCGAGCAGCAUGUAAUCACAAAGCGCAGCAGCUACACGGCGCCAUAUUUCGUGGGCAAACGCUCCCUCGACGACCGCGGCGACUUCUUUCGGGAAAACGAAACUCACGAGGAAACGGAAGAUGACGACGAUGGUGAGCAGGUGAUGGAGGUGGACGAGGCGGAGGAUGCCGAAGACAAACGAGGUCGCCCGAUGUUUGUGGGUCGGAGGGCAGCACCUUUGUUCGUGGGCAAGCGGCCAUGGUCGGUGGCGCUGGAGGACAAGCGGGGAGCUCCUCUCUUCGUAGGCAAACGCAAAGCGCCUCUCUUCAUCGGGAAACGCAGGCAACUAUUAUUUGUAGGAAAGCGGCGAUCGCCUCUUUUUGUGGGCAAACGCCGAACCCCAAUGUUUGUGGGCAAGAGAACCCCUAUGUUUGUGGGCAAGAGGGGAAGCCCCUUGUUCGUGGGUAGGAGAAGAACCCCACUGUUCGUAGGCAAACGGGGCAGGCCUAUGUUCGUGGGCAAGAGAAGAACCCCGAUGUUUGUGGGCAAAAGGGAAGCUCCGAUGUUUGUGGGCAAGAAGGCUAGGCCCAUGUUCGUGGGCAAGCGCGAGAACCCAAUGCUUCAGAGAAAUCCAGAGGUUUCGGAUGUCGCAGGACAUGACCCUGCAUCGUUUGUCGGAAGGAGCGAAGAAGCGACAGCGGAAAACAAUGAGUUCAGCGCCCCUGUCCUCGACGACGAAAUUGGCGACCCUUUUGCAGAGGAGCAAGAAGAAGAGGAGGAGGAGGACAACGGCGAGCUCGACAAGAGGUACAGCGUCCCUUUGCUCGUGGGCAAGAGGCAGGAAGAGGACAUCGGACAGCUGCUGGCCACACUUCAAACUCUUCAAGCCGCCCGCAACUACCGACGAAUGAUUCAAGCGGACAAGCGAUACAACGCUCCUUUCUUCAUCGGCAGGCGAGACAGCCAGACGUCCAGCCAGCCCGUCGAGGGCUCUGGCGUCGAGAAGGACAGCGCGCUCAUGCGGUAACCCAGUCAGCCACCCGGCACCCGAACAGGUACCAGCGGAGCUGUUCGCGUACUAAUCCCUUUUGCGCAUGCGCGUACUGGACGAGACAGACACUCAUGUUAGAAAUUCUGUGACGUUGAGUAAAACGAAGUAAAACCCUUGGGAAUAACUGUCUCUCUGUCUCAAUCUCUCUAUUUCUGUUUCUUUGUACCUGUCUCUCCUCUCACCUUUCUCGACUGUGCUCAAAAAACUUUUUAUCGACUCUCUGCUUCUGACAUUAUGUCUUCGGUAGCUUCUUUUUAAAAAAAAAAAGAGAAAGAAAGCAAACUGAACUCAUGACUCUGUUUGGAAGGAUGUUAAAAUGUGUUCUUUUUUCUUCAAACUAAGCUGUAAUUCCUUGAAAAGAGUAGGAGUGUUGAUGGUAAGUUUGCGGAAUUUCAGCCACAGCUGUACAUACGAAUUUUUUUUAAAAGUUCCAAACUACUUGCGGCUUUUGCAGUAUGAUCCUACAAAGAAGUACAUUUCUCGUGGCCACUAUUAAUGGACGCAAAUAAACUAAGGGAGGAAGUCUGA